GAGAGAGAGAUUUUGGAAAAUCGAAGAUAAGGAAACAAGGCAAAAUGCGUCAUCCUCAUCGUCAAUUAAAUACAAAUCGUGGGGUUGGCGAUCUCCGUACAGCUAUUUCUCGCUUGUAUUUGGCUUAGCUCACUUCUACUUCGUCCUCUCACUCGGACAGUCACUCUCUCUCUCUCUCUCUCUCUCUGCGGUUUCUCUUUCUAAACUCCCGCCCUUCGCAAUCCCCGAAAGUAACAUCCUCUCCAUAUUCUUUCUUUAAUUUAGAUUCACAAUCUUCUUUAUAGUUUUCAAACCGACUCUCAAUUCAAACCCUCCAAAUUCUACCAGACCGACCUUUCCAUUUCCCUUUCCCUCUUAUCUCUUUUCUAGAUCCGUAGAUAACAAUCUUUUUUAAUCUCAAAGCAAGCCCAUUAAAGAAAUAUCAGAGAACAGAGAAAAGGGUUUGCAGGGACCGUUUACAGAGUGUCGAAGAAGAGAGGAACUCACGUCUCACCUUUCUCUCACCGCCAUCAUCUUCACUUACUCUUAGCCUGUAAUAACCCAUCAUGCCACCAGGUUCAAAGAAGAGAAAGGCUGUCAAGAAAAAGAAAGAAAAGGCCAACAACCAUUCAACAACUAACAAUCAACAAGUCUCAGAAAGUGAUGAUCUGAUAACCCAUGAGGAGAAAGAUAGUGAUGGUGGUGAAAUCAGUUCCCCUAAAUCACAGCCAGAGAAUCCGUCAAUAACGGAGAAGGAAGAACAGGGGGAGGUGGAUAGGCAGGGUUGGGAUUCUCAUCCUUCUGGAUCGGUUGUUAUCGAAGAUUCUAAAUCGAUGGAAGUUGCCCAAAAUGGCACUGGAAAUGGCGAAGCCAAAAAUAAGCAAGAAGAGGUGUUAGAGGAGGUGGAGGUUGUUGAGGAUAUUGAGGUUACUAGGGAGUUGAAGCCUGAGGAUGAUGAAGUUGUGAAGGACAUUCAGAUUACGAAGGAGUUGAAGCCUGAUGAGGUUUAUGAGAGCAAGAAUGAUACUAUUGUGUCUGUUGAGCGAGAUGCUGGUAGUUUUAGCAGUAGUAGCAGUUCUGAUGAUGAAUCCUCACUGGUCGAUGAGAAGUCCCAGGUUAUGGAAUCAGAGAAGAUGGAAGAGGAAGAAAAGGGUGGUGGUUCAGUCAUGGAAACCACAGCCGUUGUUGGUUCGGUGCAGGAAUUGGAAGAGGUGAAGAUUGCUACUUCAGUUUUGGACACUGCUACUGACGACGAUUUGGUAGGGACGUUGGAGAAAAGUUCUAGUUCAGUCAUUGAAACUACACAUACUGUUGAUUCGGCAGAGCCAGUUGUUUCAUUGACUGAGGAGGUUACUGAGUCUUUUGCAUCCAGUACUGUUGAGGAUAAUGGGGUUUCUGAUGAGAUUGGUUUGGCAUCGAAGGAUAAUGAGGAGAUAUCAUUGCCUUUGUCAAAUGAGACUGUGGGGGCUUCGGAUGUAAUUGAAUCAGUGGCAAAGGAAAGUGAGGAUAAGAUGUUGCAACCUUCUGAUGCUCCAAUUGUUGAAACUAGUGGUACUGGUAGUGCUGAAUUACCCAAAGACCCUGCAAUUCCAGAAAUAUCAGAAAACCAGCCACUGUUGGGCACAAUUCCCCCACCAAUAGAAAGGACUUCUUGGAAGAGUUGCUGCGGCAUAUUUGAUGUUCUGAAAGGCUCAAACAGAUAGAUCAGGUGAAAAAAAAAAAACUAUAAGAACUGUGUUACUUCUUGUUUUCAGAAUUAAGAUCUCCCCAGUCAUUUUCUUCCAUGCAUUCUAUUGUGGAUCUUGCUUGGGAUGGAGAAAGGGUAUGUCAACUAGUAGUUAUUAUUGUUGUAGAUGGACUCUUGUGUGUUGUUGCAAUUUCAUUUUGCUUGCUUAUCCAUAUGAUUAUGAAGCAAUCAAUGUGAUGAAUGAAAAUUCAUACAGUUAUUAAACUAUAUGUGACUGGAGCGACUUUGCAUUUAUACGUA